AAGGAAUAAAAGCGAGAGCGAGGUACUUUUUAAUUGGCUGGAAAACAUCCUUCCUGCGAAAGUUGCAGUUUUCGUGGGGCUUGAAUGAGUCCAGUCCUCCCCUGGCUCUGCCCAGCGCCCGAUUGGCUCCGCAGCCCGGGGGGGACCGAUAAGGGCGGCUAUAAAGAGCCCUUGGGCUGCUCCUGGUCCCCCGACGAGCAGGAGCCGGAGGGGCCACACGGAUCCUGCGGCACAUCCAGCGCAUCCCGCACAUCCCGAGCUCCGCAGACUCCCCUUUCUCUCUCUCUCUCUCUUUUCCUCCCUCCCUCCCCGUGUCUCUCUGGCUGGGAGCGCGUAUCCAGAUCCACGUCUUUGCUCGAGCCGGAGUGGGAGAGGAGAGACACACACACACACAGAGCAACCGAAAAAAAAAAAAAAGAAAGAAAAAAACCACCCCAAAAAAACACCCCCCACACACACUUAGCGGAAACUUGUCAGAGAAUGCUCCUAAAGUCUGGUUUUCUCCUGCUGCUGGUGAUCAGUGCAUCCGCAUCCUACGAAGCUGAGCAGAAUGACUCUGUGAGCCCCAGGAAGCCCAGGGUGGCAGCCCAGAACUCAGCAGAGGUGGUUCGGUGCCUGAACGGAGCCCUCCAGGUGGGCUGCGGCGCCUUCGCCUGCCUGGAGAACUCCACGUGCGACACGGACGGAAUGUACGACAUCUGCAAGUCCUUCCUCUACAGCGCUGCUAAAUUCGACACUCAGGGAAAAGCUUUUGUGAAGGAAAGCCUGAAGUGCAUUGCCAAUGGGGUGACGUCCAAGGUGUUCCUGGCCAUCCGCAGGUGCUCCACGUUCCAGAGGAUGAUCUCCGAGGUGCAGGAGGAGUGCUACAGCAAGCUGGACAUGUGUGGCAUCGCCAAACGGAAUCCUGAGGCCAUCACUGAGGUGGUGCAGCUCCCAAACCAGUUCUCAAACAGAUACUACAACAAGCUGGUGAGGAGCCUGCUGGAGUGCGACGAGGACACCGUGAGCACCAUCAAGGACAGCCUGAUGGAGAAGAUCGGGCCCAACAUGGCCAGCCUCUUCCACCUGCUGCAGGCCGACCACUGCGCCCAGGGCCACCCCCGCGCCGACCUCAGCAGGAGGAGGAUCUCGGAGCCCCAGAAGCUCAAGCUCUACUUCAGGAACCUGCGAGGUGAGGGCUCGGCCCCGGCCCACGCCAAGCGCAGCUCGGCCGAGAGCGCGUGACGGCCGCCCCGGGCGGGGGCUCCGAGGGGGAUGCCAAGCACUACCAAAGCUCCAGAGAGAAUGCACCCGGGCCCAAGUGCACUGUAGCUUGUUCUAAACACACCCAGGGACCCGGGGUUAGGUUUAGUCCUUGGUGUUUUCUGUCCCUUUUCCCCCAGCCCCUCGGUGGGUCAGCGUUCGGUGUCUCGGCUUUUCCCGCCGGUAAAAUGUCUCCACCUCGUUUUCUUCCCACCCCCCAAAAAAAAAAAAAAAAAAUGAUGUCCCAAAAGGUCUCGGUCUUAAGUGGUCAGGCCUUCAGACACCAAACCCUAAACGUACUGUAGUGCUGACACCACUGGAGUCUGAAGAUCUGGGCCCCUGUCUGAGCUGGGGCGACAAGAGAUGCACUAAAAUCCGCUGCACACCCCUAAAGGUGCCAGAGGAGUUCGUGUUAUGAAUCUGUGCUGGCCAUGGACGAAUAUGAAUGUCAUGUUCCUGGUCUCUUAUCGUGUCCUGCAGUCCUAACCACUCUGUUAAAACCCCCCUGGCUUUACCAAACUGGCCGUGGGUGAGCUCAGUCACCGUGACCUGGCACCACGGGGCAAACUGAGUUAAAACCAACCCCCCCCUUCCCACCACCAUCACCACCACCCCCCAAAAAUCAGGAAAGGGACGUUUUGUACCCCAGACGUGAUCAAAAGAGGUGCCAGCCUGAGGCUGAAGCUGGUCAGGAGGUUCCAUAAUCUUGCAUUGUAUUUAAAAGCUAACAUCUAUGUACUGUAUUUAACUGUCUAAAGCUUUAAAAGAAAACCUAACAGAAACAAACCCUGUCUUAAGACUAGAGUAUUAAAGGUCUUGCUCUAACUGUGGUAUAAAUAGUUUUAAAAUCUGUCAUGUACUGUACAUAAAUUCCAUGAGAGUCUGCUUGAAAGGAGCAGAAUAUAAUAACUUUAUUGCCUAAACUUAGUUUUGUAAUUUAGCUCUUUCUUUUCUUGUUCUUUUUUUUAUUUCUCUUUUUGCUUUUCCUGGAAACAGUGUCUCUGUCAUAUUUAAGAGCUCUACUCCGUGGCCUUUUUUAAUAAUGGAAGAGGGGGAAAAAAAUGGUUUAGGAUGGGAAUUGCAGGGCCAGAAACAAGCUUUUCACGGCUAAAAUGGAGGGGGAAAAAAAACCCCAAACCCUAAAACAAAGCGGAGUUCAGCCUGGCCAGUCCUAUCCCCUCUCCCAGAGCUGCUGUGAGACACCCUCACACCCGAGCGACUGCUGGGGGAGCUGCUGUAGGAAUCACCAGGUGCUUUGGGAUAAAACUGCCCUCAGAACGCUGAUUUCUAGGGAAAGGCAGGGGAAAAAAAAUCCUGCAAUUCUCUGAGGUGAAGCUGAGGGCACAGGGACUCACGCCCUGGGAGCUGCCUUUGCUCCCAUCCUCCUCCUCAGCAGGCUCUGGGAAGAGGAGCAGAGGGUCCCGUGCUGGGGGUCACCCCCAAAACCCACUCCCAAGUCACCUAUCCAGGUUCUGGUGAGCCAAAAAAAAAGCAGGAUCACCCAGGCCAGGUCCAAAUCCAUCCCCUCAGAGUCCCUCUGCAGAGUGGAUGACUCUUCCUCAGCUGCUCAGCGAGCUAAUAAAGGAGGGAUCUAUUUUCCUUUUCGAAACCUAAAGCAAUAUAACUUUUUGUUUGUUUGUUUUGGUUUGUUUUUUCUUUUUAAUAAAAAAAAAAGAAAAACAACAACAACAACAAAAACCCAAACCAUGAAGCCUUUAAACAAUAACUUGCUGCUAAUAUAUUGAAACCAGAUGCAGUGGCAGCGUUUCUGAUGUUGCUGUCUUCGUUCAGUGUAGCCCAAAAGUGCUGUCAGAAAAUUGGAAGCAGCAAACAAACAAAUAAACAAAAAACAACAACAACAAAAAUGUUGCUGACGGUAGAGGGUUGUUCUUUUAAUUUUUAUUUUGAAUUGUAGGGCGAGGAAGAUGCAAUAUUGCUCCUUCUUCGGGCAGUCAGGGAUAGAGAGGCCAACGAGAAGAAGUUUUGCAAGGUGGAAAAAAAAAAAACCAAAGGCUCCUCGAAGAUCCCGACCCUAAAAGUUGGUGGGGGAAGAGAAGGGGUCGAUCUGGAACUUCGAUGCCAGGCUGUGGGAUUCCCACCCCCACGGCAUCAUCACAGCUGACACUGCCCUGCUGGGAGACAGGGAAUUCUCCCUGGGAGGGGGGAAAUAAUUCCAAGAAAAGGUUCAAACAACCCCCUGGGGGGCUGUGCUGGUGCUCCAGAGCUCCUAGAGGGGCUUCCCAAAACCUCUCCCACCCGGGACACCUGGCAGCCACCCCCUUCCGUGGGGAUGUUCCUCGUGGAAACAUGUUGUUCCUUCCCCAUUCCCUAGGAAACCCCAGAAAAGGUGGAUAAAGCCAAUUUGGGGCUGGGGAUGAGCGUGAGAUCCAUCCCCUCCCUCCUUCCCCCCAAAUCUGAUGUUUUCUGGGGGGGUCAGUCACGACGAAAUUCCUCUCUCCCGGCAGCGAUUUCGACUCGUGCCCUUAACAGGGGUGGGAAGAACGAGUAGGAAAAUCAUCCCCACCCCGAGCAGGCUUAGGGGUCACCUUGCCCAACCAACCUCGGCCUAAGCUGGGCUCUUAAACUCGAGCUUAACCAGGGGAGGGCUCCUGGAGGUGGUGGAGGAGCCUCCCUUGCCCUGGCAGCGGAGUUUGGGAUGAGGUGGGAGAGAUUCACACCCCAGGGGCAGCGAUGCUCGAUCUCGAGUCCAGCAAUUUCACUGCUUCGCCUCUGGGGCUUUGUGUUUGUUUUUUUUUGUUUGUUUAAUCUCAUGGUUUUGAUGGCAAAGUGAGUUUUUGGGUUUGUGUUUAUUAUUUUUAUUUUAUUUUAUUCUUCUCUCGGGGGCGGGGAGGGGCUUCUCUAGAAACGUUUGCAUGAGUCUCGUUGUGAUUUGUUUGCACUUUAGAAGGUUUUCGUGCCAUUAUAAAUUUGCCUUUUAUUGUAUUUAUAAUUUAAAGAUGCCUAGAAGGGGAGAGAGACUUUGGGUUCUUCGUUUUGGUUUUGUUUUGGUUUAUUUUGUUUUCUUUUUUUUGCUGAGUACUGGAAUAAACAGUGAGCAUAUCUGGUAUAUGUCAUUAUUUAUUGUUUAAAUUACAUUUUUAAAGCUCAGUGUGUUCAUAUAAAAGGUUAUUUGAGACAUAUCAUAGUAAUGAGAAAGAUGCAAGUUAUUUUCUUUGCUUAUUUUUAUAAUUAAAGAUGCAUAACAUAAUGAGGCCUAUGUUGGAUUUUUCUUCUGCAAUGA